UCCCCAGCCACCGAAUACACCAAGUCAAUCCAGAACCAUACAUUUUUGGAUGGCCGCCUCCUUGCAUUGAAUAGUUUGUCAAUCUCUCAAGGGCCGCCAUGACGGUCGCGCUCCCUCUCUCCCGGCCGCUGACCAAGCAGCUGCUGGUCAGGUCUGCACGAUCCCUCACGCGACCUGUAUCUGCCAACCCUCUUCUACGCGUAACCUGUCAUUGCAGCUCAAACAACGACCCCUCAGGCUCUCAUCCUCAGGUUGGGAAGUUCGCAUCACUCUGUCAGAGAGCUAGAACAUACGCGACAGCGUCCGCAAAGCCUGCCAGCCGCCCAAAACAACAUACAGGCCGCACUCCCGCGAAAAGCACCAAAUCAACCACCAAAAAGGCCACGCCAAAGAAGAAGCGGCCUGCCAGGAAAGCCAAAAAGACUGUGGCCACCAAGGCAAAGCCAAAAGUCAAAAAACCUCUUAGCAAAACCGCUCUCCUGAAGAAAGCACGUAAAGUGCAAGCAGAUCUCCGAGCUGCGGCUCUAUUGGAAGAGCCUAAGCCACUUCCUUCAACGCCGUGGCGCCUUGUAUUUGCGGAAGAGACCAAAAAGGGUGGAGGGCAGGUUAAGGCCGCGGCCACAGCGGCAGCUCAGAAGUUUCGAAAUCUGUCACUAGAAGAGCGUGAGCGAUACAACCACGAAGCGACCGAGAACAAAGCCAAAAAUGACCGCGCCUACAAACAAUGGGUCCAGACCCAUUCGCCACUAGAAAUCAAAUUGGCCAACAAUGCUCGACGCCAAUUGACCAAAAAGGCAAAGGCAGCUGGAAAGAAGAAACAGUACAAGUCCAUUCAAGAUGACCGCAGUGUCCAUCGCCCUAGGAACGCUUAUGCGUUCUUCUUUAAAGAGAGGAAUGACUCAGGCGACCUUCAGGGCAUGACUGUGGGUGAGCGCGGCAAAUUGAUAGGACAAGAAUGGAAGAAACUGUCUGCAGCGGAAAAGAAGACUUAUGAGGAUCAAGCUCAAGUCGACAAGGAUCGAUACUUGGAGGAAUAUAAGACAGUCUACGGCGAGGAUCCUCCUUUUACCAAGAAGAAGAGUGGUUAGGUUUUGGCUUUAACAGCCACCAGACCCCAGUCUUGUGAUACCAUCUCAUCGAAAGAUGAAUCACUGGCACGGACCCUAUCACGCCCACGCCGCCUCACUUCGGUAGGAGCGGAUCCACGAUCACCCUGUACAGUAUGGGUCUCCGGAAUCCUGGUUUGAUCUUGCACUCUUGUCUGAAGCUCUUUUGUGAAGAAGGAAUUGGUCUUGGUCAUGUCUGGGCGCAUGAAUCUCCACUACCCCGUGUUUUGGGCAAUUGUCGUUUCUACGCAUUGUGAAUAGGACGGGGCGGCUGGCGGUCUGGGAUAUCAAAGACCUGGCAAGGUCACCCGUCUGGAUGGUGUUCAUCGUGGUUUCGUGGAUGUGACUCGGGGGAAACUGGACCAUACCGUCAACGGUCGCGUGGGGCGCACAAGAUACCCUGAAUAGUUGCUAUGCGAGAGUAGUCUGAAUGCAUUUGCACGCAUCAAGCCAACCAAGGAUAAAUGCUUUCCACUUUGGCUUGAUCUCUCAGCCUUACAACAAGACAGGGCCUAUGUCGAAAUCUGCUGUUGUUACACAUCGG